AUUCCGGAUUCCAUAUCCGUAUCCGGUUUUUGUAUUGUAAAAAUCAAAUAUGGCAGCCCCCAUGGAAGCAAAUAAACAAAGGAACAUCACACUCUAACUAAAAUAGAACCAUGGAUACUGAAGAUAAAUUACAGAAACAAAUUCUGCAAAGACUGGAAAAACUAAAUGAACAAUGGCUUGACAAUGAUGAUUAUGAAAGACGUGUGAAAAAAUCUAAACUUGGAAAAAGAAAAUCCGAGUCAAGUCAGUGUGACGGAGGCUUUACACAGGAAACACAAAGCAGGAGAAAAAAGAAGAAAAAGAGGAAAUGUGAACAGAAGACAUGUGCGGAGAAUGUGACUGCAGAAGUUAUUCAGACAAAGACUGUGAAAGGAGAAAAGAAACACCUUCAGGACUUAAAACUUUCACUAGGUCUGACAGAGUGUGAUAUUAAAACCAAACUUUGUGAUAAGGAAAGUCAGGAGGUUAAAACAAAAUCCAAUCAACAGGGUCCGGAAGUUAUCAUAUUCAAUGAUCCAGGUAAAAAGAAACAACAGAAACAGAAAGUACAGGAAUCUAAAGCUGAGAAUGAAGCUGAGGAUCAACCGGAAUUUGACAUGAAGAAAGCCAGAUUUGAAGUCCAGAAAGUUGGAAUUAAAGGGUUCAGUGGCAAUGCGAAAGAUGAUGCUAUGACAUCAUAUCUGGUGAAGUUGGGGGCCAAGCUUCCGAAGAACAAGUUCUAUAACUACAAAGAAUUCCUAGAUAUAAGGAAGCAAGAGAAAGAAUCGGCUAAAGAGAAGAAAGCAGUGGACCGUGGACUUGGAUACAAGGUGAAAAGCUCUAAACAAGAAAAGAAGAAGUCUAAAGACAAAAAUGACGUCGGUAUAGUGGAUGGACAAGUUGGACAUUACAAAGAUGGCGUACAGUACAUCAAUAAAAAAGACCUUAAAGGAUUCAAAGGAAAAAAGAAGAGAUGAUAUAUAUGUUUGUUUGUUUCUUUCAAAGACAUUUUCAAUAAAAGAGACUUAUUACAAA